AUGCUGACCUCCGUCGAUGGAAUCAAAGGACAAGUCUUCGACUAUAUCAUCAUUGGUGGUGGAACUACUGGUCUCAUUUUAGCGACAUGUUUGUCAGAAAACCCAUCAACUUUGGUGCUUGUCUUGGAGGCAGGCAGUGCUCAUAUCGAUGAUGCCAAUCUACUGAUACCUCAACAACGUUGGUUGUUUGUGGGCAAACCUGAAUACGACUGGAGCUUUAAAACUGUCAUGCAAAGGAAACACAACAUCACGCCAAAGACAGAAUAUUCACUUGGCCUAGGGGGAAAGGACUCGGAGGCAGUUCCGCAAUCAACAAUCUCCUCUGGAAUAAGCCAGCGCGCUGUAGAUGAGGAAUCUUGA